AUGGCCUCUAAGUACCCACGGUCCCUCCGAUGCUGCCUGCCCCUGUGGGCUUUCACGCUGCAGGUGGCUUUCAUCCUUCUCCUCUGUUUUUUAAUCUCCUCUGACAUUCCCCAAAUGCAACAGAAGUUCAUGGUGACCUAUCAAGUCAUCCCGGAUUUGACCCUUAUGGCAGCCCUGGGCUUCGGUUUCCUUUCCUCGUCUUUUCGGAGACACAGCUGGAGCAGUGUGGCCUUCAACCUCUUUGUGUUGACCCUCGGGGUGCAGUGGUCAAUCUUGCUGGACCGUUUCCUGAACCACAGCUUCAUACAGGAAGUGACCAUGAGUCUGUCGAGCAUCCAGACAGGUACCAUGAGCACAGUGCCUGUUCUCAUCUCAGCAGUUGCUGUCCUUGGGAAGGCCAACUUGGUUCAGCUGGCUGUGAUGGUGCUGAUGGAGGCAUCGGCCUUUGGAGUCACCAGGCUUGUUAUCAAGAACACCUUCCAUGUGGACGGCCACAUCUUCACCAUGUACGGGCACGUGUUUGGGGCCUAUUUUGGGCUGCUUGUGGCCUGGUGCCUCUCCAGGUCUUUGCCCAGGGGACUGGAUGAAGAAGCCCAGACAGAGAAGGUUCAGAUGGCUACAAGCUCCAGUCUGUUUGCUAUGCUAGGAACCCUCCUCUUGUGGAUAUUCUGGCCAAGUUUCAACUCUGUCCUGGUGGAGGUGCCAAACGACAAGAGGAAGGCUGUGCUCAACACCUACUAUGCCCUUGCAGUCAGUGCGGUGACAGCCACCUCCAUGUCAGCCCUGAGUCACCCCCAGGGAAAGAUCAACAUGGUUCACCUCCACAAUGCAGUGCUGGCAGGAGGCGUGGCGGUGGGCGCCCCAUGUCUCCUGAUUACUUCUCCUUGGGUUGCCAUGGUGCUGGGCCUCACAGCUGGGUUGAUCUCCAUUGGGGGAGCCAAGUGUCUGCCGGUGUGUUUGAACCACAUUCUGCAGAUCCAGAACCCUGGUGGCAUCCACUAUACCUUUGGCUUGCCGGGUCUGCUUGGAGCAGUCACCUACAUUCUGAUGAACAAGUACGGUAUAUUCGAGCUUCCAAGCCAGUUGAUCAAUGACUUUGGGGCUCUCAGCUUUGUUCUGGCGAUGGGAAUGGCAUCUGGACUCCUAACAGGUUGUCUCCUAACUGCCAAAGUGUGGAGAGCUCCCCACACAUCCAAGUACUUUGAUGAUCAGGCUUUCUGGGAGUUCCCUCACUUGGCUGUUGGGUUUUAAACAAAAACAUCUGAGAACGAGGAUGGUCGUGAUGUCCCUCUCCUUGCAUUCCAUUUGUGUUUGCAACGUGUUACAAGAAAGUCUUCCAAGUGGUGAUUUGCGUUUAAAUAGGUUUGGUUUCAUGACAGACACCAUCAGUACUGCUUGCUGCAGGCACCUCAUUAAAGUUCUGGUCCAAUU